AUGAACAGAAAAAAGGAUAAAGGAUUUGAGAGCCCUCGUCCCUUUAAAUUGACUCAUCAGGUGGUGUGCAUCAACAACAUCAACUUCCAGAAGAAAUCUGUCAUUGGCUUUGUAGAGCUGACCAUCUUUCCAACAGUGGUCAAUCUCAACCGGAUUAAACUCAACAGCAAACAGUGCCGCAUCUACAGAGUUCGAGUCAAUGACUUGGAGGCUCCUUUUAUUUAUAAUGACCCCACGCUUGAAGUCUGUCACCAUGAGUCCAAGCAGAGAAACCUCAAUUACUUCUCUAGCGCGUACACGGCAGCAGUGAGCGCAGUGGAUCCUGAUGCUGGACAUGGGGAGCUGGUCAUCAAAGUGCCUUCAGAGCUCUGGAAACAAGGAGAUGAUUUAAAAGUUUUAAAAGUCUACAUCGAGUUCUCCCUGGAUCAGCCGAAAGGAGGACUUCACUUCGUAGUUCCUGAUGUGGAGGGCAACAUGGCAGAGAGGGCAGCGCAUGUGUUUUCAUUUGGAUACCAGAACUCCACCAGAUUUUGGUUUCCCUGUGUGGACUCUUACUCUGAGCUGUGCACCUGGAAGCUGGAGUUCACGGUGGAUGCUUCGAUGGUGGCCGUUUCCUGUGGAGAGUUGGUGGAGACUAUCUACACACACGACAUGAGGAAGAAGACUUUCCAUUACGUGCUGCCGAUCCCCACUGCGGCCCCCAACAUCUCCCUGGCUGUGGGGCCUUUUGAAAUCCUGGUUGAUCCCUACAUGCACGAAGUGACCCAUUUCUGUUUGCCUCAGCUGUUGCCUCUGCUCAAACACUCCAUGUCGUACCUUCAUGAGAUUUUUGAGUUUUAUGAAGAAAUCCUGACCUGUCGUUACCCGUAUGCUUGCUUCAAAACAGUGUUUGUGGAUGAGGCCUAUGUGGAAGUGUCCUCCUAUGCCUCCAUGAGCAUCUUCAGUACCAACUUGCUCCACAGUGCAAUGAUCAUUGACCAGACCCCUCUGACCCGUCGCUGUUUGGCCCAGGCUCUGGCUCAGCAGUUCUUCGGCUGUUUCAUCUCCAGGAUGUCUUGGGCCGAUGAGUGGGUGCUGAAGGGCAUCUCUGGAUACAUCUACGGACUUUACCUGAAGAAGACCUUUGGGGUCAACGAGUACAGGCACUGGAUCAAACAGGAGCUGGACAGGAUAGUUGAGUAUGAGCUGAAGAUGGGAGGUGUUCUUUUGCAUCCAACGUUUGGCGGAGGAAAAGAGAAAGACAAUCCAACUCCUCACCUCCACUUCUCCACCAAACAUCCACACACGCUGUCCUGGGAGUACUUUAAAAUGUUCCAGUGCAAAGCCCACCUGGUGAUGAGGUUGAUUGAGAACCGUAUCAGCAUGGAGUUCAUGUUGCAGGUUUUCAACAAGCUCCUGAGUUUGGCCAGCACUGCAUCCUCGCAAAAAUACCAAAGUCACAUGUGGAGCCAAAUGCUUUUGUCCACCCACGCUUUUCUCAAAUCCAUCUCCAAUGUGUCGGGAAAAGACAUAGGACCCCUCAUCAAGCAAUGGGUGGACCAGAGCAGCGUGGUGAAAUUCUUUGGAAGUUUUGCCUUCAACAGGAAAAGAAACGUUCUGGAGCUGGAAAUCCGUCAAGACUACACUUCGUCCGGAACUCAGAAAUAUGUGGGUCCCAUCAAGGUGACGGUGCAGGAGUUAGACGGCUCCUUCAACCACACGCUGCAGAUCGAAGAGAACAGCCUGAAACAUGACAUCCCCUGCCACUCCAAGAGCAGGAGGAACAAGAAGAAGAAGAUCCCUUUGAUGAAUGGAGAGGAAGUGGACAUGGACUUAUCUGCCAUGGACGCCGAUUCCCCUCUCCUGUGGAUCCGCAUCGACCCGGACAUGUCCAUUCUGAGGAAGGUGGAGUUUGAACAGGCAGACUUCAUGUGGCAGUACCAGCUCCGAUACGAGAGGGACGUGGUGGCUCAGGUCGAGUCCAUUGUUGCCCUUGAGAAGUUUCCGACUCCCGCCUCAAGACUGGCUUUGACGGACAUAUUGGAGCAGGACCAGUGUUUCUACAAAGUCCGCAUGCAAGCCUGUUUUUGUUUGGCUAAGAUUGCCAACUCUAUGAUGAGCACGUGGCAAGGUCCCCCAGCGAUGAAGUCCUUGUUUACCAGGAUGUUCUGCUGCAAGAGCUGCCCGAACAUCGUAAAAACUAACAACUUCAUCAGCUUUCAGAGCUACUUCCUGCAGAAGACGAUGCCCGUUGCCAUGGCGUUGCUCAGAGAUGUCCAAAACCUCUGUCCUAAAGACGUCCUAAACUUUAUACUGGAUCUAAUUAAGUACAACGACAACAGAAAGAACAAAUUUUCAGAUAACUAUUACCGCGCAGAUCUGAUCAAGGCGCUGACAAACUCGCUCACACCAGCCAUGAGCAUCAACAACGAGGCGCGCACAGUGGUCAGUCUGAAUCCUGACGUCCGACUCAUCCUGGAGGAAAUCACGCGCUUCCUGAACAUGGAGAAACUGCUGCCCAGCUUCAGGAACACCAUCACCGUCAAUUGCCUGCGAGCGAUUCGUGAACUGCAGAAAAACGGUCACAUUCCGAGUGACCCUUCUCUGUUCAAGUCCUACGCCGAGUACGGUCACUUUGUGGACGUCCGGGUGGCUGCUCUCGAUGCGCUCAUAGACUAUACAAGAGUUGAACAGAGUGCGACAGAGCUGCAGUGGCUUCUUGACAUGGUCCAGAAUGAUCCAGUCCAUUAUGUCAGGCACAGAAUAUUAGGAAUGCUGUGUAAAAACCCACCAUUUACCAGAACCUCAGACUCAAUACUCUGCAACGAAGCUUUGGUCGACCAACUAUGGAAACUCAUGAACUCUGGUACAUCGUAUGACUGGAGGCAGCGCUGUGACGCCGUAAACCUGUACUACACUCUGUUCGGCCUCAUGCGGCCCUCAUGUCUGCCGCUGCCGGAGCUGGGGCUGGUUUUGAACCUGAAGGAGAAAAAGGCCGUUCUAAACCCUACCAUCAAACCGGAGGUGGGCGGAGUCACCCUCAUAGACACGCCCGCGAGCAUCGGCAUCCACGGAGUCGGCAUGUGCUUCAACACAGUGGACGAGGAGCCGGACCCCGUGUCUCUGGGCGUGUGUGGAGUGGGGCAGCCUCCUCCCGGGCUGAAGAGGAAGGCAGAGACCCCCCUGGGCUCUCCCCCUGAGCCCGGACAGGUGCUGCAGCCGUCGGACGAGGACACCAGACGACGUUUCAAGAUCAGGUUUAACGCCAUGGAGGAUGAAGAUAUCGACAUGGAGACCGUUCAUGACAGCCAGGCUUUUAUUCAUCAACAUCUGAAUCUCAUGGAGAGACCCUCAACACCAGGUAAAGAGCCUCCGUCGUCAGUGGAACAGUCCCUGCUGUCGUUGCCCGCCACCCCCGCUCCAGUCUUCUCCAAAGAGACCACCGCCACCACCACCACCACCACCUCCUCCUCGAAGCACGGGGGCGAGCACGGGCACCACCACCACCACCACCACCACCACGAGCACAAGAAGAAGAAGAAGAAGCACAAGCACAAGCACAAACACAAGCACAAACACGACAGCAAAGACAAGGACAAAGACCGAGACUCCCACAUGUACAGCAACAGUCCUGCCAGCGGGCGCUCCCUCCGCUCGCCCUCCAUGUCCGACUGA